AUGCUGCCGCACGACGGCGAUCCUUGGCAUGGCGUCAGGUCUCCAGACACCGAGCCCCCGCUGCUGCCUCACGUUGCUCUGCCAGCCGAGGAGUACCAGGUCUUCCCGCUUCACCGGGUGCGGGCCGUGCGCGUCAUCGCCGCAAGGAAGAAGGAGGCAGUGGGGCCUCCUCACAUGCCAAGGGAGGAGCCUCCCCGGCUGGUGGGCGGCGAACCGAACCCCGACCCACGGGACAUGGGGCCCAAGAAGCAGCGGAACAUGCGCUUCGCCGAGGAUGUGGAUGUCAACGACAGGGGCGAGCGGCGAGAGUCAGCCCAAGGGCGGCUAAGCGACGGGAUGAAGGCGCAGAAGAGCCUCCGUGAGGGCUCUGUCAUGGGCCAUGCGGCCACAGGCCGCAGCGCGAGGAGCCGUGCCGAUCGUAGCACUGUGCUCUCCAACGCACUGGCGGAGAUCGUCAAAGAGAGGAAGGCGGACGAGCUGCUGGAAGAGCAGAAGGCCAAGACGUACCAGCAGGAGAAGCUCAUGGGUAGCAAGGCGGCCGAGGUGGCGAAGAGCAUUGGGAUCAACCCGGUGAUGCUGGACCGCCACCGGCAGACAGUCCACAAGUGGAUCUCUUCGUCCUUCUUUGAUUCUGUCAUUGGCUUCAUCAUCUCCGUCAACGCUGCGACCAUUGGCAUGGAGGCUGAGUUCUCCUCCAGGAUCCCGGCGGGGUGCACCGAAAGCUGCGUCUGCCUCGAGGCCGCCGUAAUCUGCCAGAUGAUGCCGCAGUGGCUGAAGGUGGUGGACUAUGUCUUCUUCCUCAUCUACCUGGUGGAGUUCUUGCUUCGGCUCUACACCUACGGCUUCCAAGUCCUCAAGAGCGCCUGGAUUAAGUUCGACUUGUUCCUGGUGCUGUCCAGCAUGGUGGACAUCGCCCUCAAGCAGAUCUCGAUAAGCAGCGAGAUCUUGAACCAGAUCAACCAGAUCAUGCUGGUGCGGAUCCUGCGCCUGGCGCGGCUGGCGCGGGCCGUGCGCCUGAUGGUCCAGUUCCGAGUCCUCUGGCAGCUGGUGCAGGGCCUCCUUCACAGCGUGAGCACGUUGCUGUGGACCUUCCUCAUGGUGAUGAUCUUGGUGUACGGGUUUGCCAUCGUGGGAAUCGAGACCAUCCAGGUUGACCAGACGCUGCCGCUUGACCACCCCUACAACCUUGCCGUGACGGAGAACUUUGACAGCUUCGUGGAUGCCAUGUUCACGCUGUUCCAGUGCUUCACGCUGGACAGUGUCAGCACGGUGUACCGCCCGCUGGUCACCCACAACCCAGCGCUGCUGGGCUACUUCAUGGCGGUCAUCCUCAUCAUGGCGAUCUCUUUGAUGAACCUGGUCACGGCCGUCAUGGUCAACUCUGCACUUGACCAAGCCAGUGAGGACAAGGAUGUCAAGAGGGCCUAUGAGGCGGUCCAGAAGCGCCGGCAGCUCGAAGAGUUGAAGGUCAUGUUUCUGGAGCUGGACUCCGAUGGGUCAGGCGAGCUCACCUUGGAGGAGCUGCGGAGCGCGCCAGAGGAGGUGCUGGAGCAGUUGAGGGAAGUCGCCGGCACGGAGGACAUCGACGGUCUCUUCCAGAUGCUGGACUACGACGGAGGUGGCUCCCUCGACACCGCAGAGUUCUGCGAAGGAGUUUUGCGUGCGUCCACAAGCGAGACGCCCAUUGAGCUCACUAGGCUCGUGAAGCAGUGCUCCGACAUCCUCAAGCUUUGCCGCAGCGUUCACCGCUACGUCGGCGACGCCUUUCGCCCAGCAGGCCCCGAACCAGCGCGAGGAGCCCUGGAACGGCGGCUGGAUCAGCUGGAUCGGAAGGUCGACAACCUUCAGUUGGACUUGCACCAGAAGGUGGACCGGAUGCAUCGCGACGUUGCCCGAGUUCUGCACGCCCUGUCGGCCAGCGCCAGGCUGCACAGGAGUCCGGCGACAUAA